AUGGGUCGCCGACACGCCAACCCCCUGCACCACCCCCUCCACUAUGCCGCGCUGCAGCCGCGUUCUGGCCCCCCCGUGACGGCCGCUGCCGCUGGGCGAGCCCUGCCCGGCUACGACUACGUCAUCGUCGGCGCCGGUGCGGCCGGGUGCGUCCUCGCCAGCAAGCUGUCCGAGGACGAGCACGUGUCCGUUCUCGUGCUCGAGGCUGGCGGCGACAACACCAAGGUGCUCGAGUCCAAGGUCCCGCUCAUGUUCUCCAAGCUGUUCCACAGCGAGCAUGACUGGGACUACUACACCGUCGAGCAGCCGGCCGUGGCCUCCCGCCGACUGUACUGGCCGCGCGGGCGCAUCAUCGGUGGCUCGUCGUCCAUGAAUGCCAUGAUAUACCACCACUGCUCGCCCUCCGACUUUGACGAGUGGGUUUCGGUCCACGGCUGCACGGGCUGGGGACACUCAGAUCUCGCUCCGCACUUUCGAUGCGUCGAAAGGUUCACGCCCAACUCGGCCCGCCCAGCCAUCGACGCUGCGAACCGCGGCCGCACCGGCCAGUGGCACACGGGCUACUCCUGGCUGUCGCACAUCGUCGACGACGGCUUCAUCCCCGCCUGCGACGAUGCGGGGAUUCCUCCCAACAGCGACAUCAACACCGCCGACGGCAGCCUUGGCGUCACCCGACUCAUGACCUUCAUCGACACCAAGGGCCAGAGAUCCUCCCUUGCCACGGCCUUCUUGACCCCCGAGGUGCUGCGCCGGCCCAACCUGUAUGUGGCCUGCGGCGCCCACGUCACGCGGGUCUUGUUUGAUCGAAUCAACAACCCCAAGCCCGCGGCCAUCGGCGUCGAGUUUCAAGUGUCUGAAGGCGGCGAGCGCUACCAGGUCCACGCCAGGCGAGAGGUGAUUCUCUCUGCCGGCGCUGUCAACACGCCUCAGACGCUCAUGCUUAGCGGCAUUGGUCCGGCCGAGGAGCUGCAAAAGCACUCCAUUUCUCGCCUUGUCGCCAACGACAACGUCGGCAGGCAGCUCAAGGACCACCUUUGCAGCAACGGCGUCUUGUGCAAGGCCAAGAAGGGCUCCACCCUCGACUACCUCAACAACGACAUCAAGGCCAUCCCGGCCCUGGUGCAAUGGUUGCUGUUCGGCACCGGCCCCCUGACCAGCAAUGUCGGCGAGGCCGCGGCAUUUGUCAGGAGCUUCGAAUACGAAUUUCCUGCCUCGGCCGGCGCAACCCCUCCCAAAGACUACACCUCUGGCGACAAGGCCCCCGACGUGGAGAUUAUAGGCGCCCCCAUUGCCUUUAUCCACCACGGCGAGGAGCGGCCUCUGGACGACGCCAACGUCUUCAGUCUGGCCCCGAUCGGCCUGCGGCCUCGGAGCAGCGGCACCAUCAGCCUCAAGAGCGCCAAUGCCUUUGACCACCCCAUCAUUGAUCCCCGCUACCUGACCGACGAGGAAGACAACGACAUCAAGGUCCUGAUAGUCGGUAUUCGCCUCUGUCUCAAGAUUAUGCGCAGCCCGUCAUUCCAAAAGUACCUGGAGCCCGUCCCCACCAACGACGACACAACCUCGUAUUGGUGGCCGUAUUCGUGCAGUGACGUUGACGCCAUCACCGACGAGCAGCUCGGGCGCUUCCUGGUCGAGAGGGCAUUCACCCUCUACCAUCCCGUCGGCUCCGCGAGGAUGGGGCCGGCGCCAUCCAGCAGCGUGGUUGACGUGGAGUGCCGCGUUCACGGAACCAGCCGUCUCCGCGUUGUCGACGCCAGCAUCUUCCCCGAGCAAAUCAGCGGCCAUCCGACGGCGCCCAUCGCGGCCAUUGCCCACAGGGCCAGCGAGCUGAUCCAGAAAUGCUACGCCGCUGCCUGA